AUGUUGAAGCUCAUUUCAUCCUCCCGCAUCCACCGCCUAAACCCCGCCGCAGUACCGGUGCUCCGUCCCGCAGCAGACUCCGCAUCGCCGUUGCUUAGAGUGCUGAGCCCCCUCAGCGGAUUGAGCCGGAACCACCGUUAUUUCGGAGGUCGGCUUUUUUUCUGUUCGGAUUCCGGCGACGGAGUCGAUCAUGUGGUUGAUGCCGAAGUUAAAGCGGCGGAGGAUACUCCGUCGAAGGCCUCUGCUAUUGUCUCCACGUACCCUAGACCUGAAGAUUACCUAACUGUUUUGGCAUUACCAUUGCAGCACAGACCCCUUUUCCCUGGAUUUUACAUGCCAAUCUUUGUUAAGGACCCCAAAGUGUUGGCAGCUUUACAGGAGAGUCGAGAACGACAAGCUCCUUAUGCUGGUGCUUUCCUCCUUAAAGAUGAGCCAGACACUGAUCCCAAUGUGGUAUCUAGCUCUGACACAGAAAAGAAUGUAUAUGACAUAAAAGGAAAAGAUUUGUUUAACCGUCUUCAUGAAGUUGGGACUCUUGCCCAAAUUUCAAGUAUCCAGGGUGAUCAGGUGAUCUUGAUUGGUCAUAGACGUCUACGCAUAACAGAGAUGGUUAGUGAGGACCCGCUUACUGUAAAAGUUGAUCAUCUCAAGGAUAAAUCUUAUAACAAAGAGGAUGAGAUCAUAAAGGCUACAUCUUUUGAGGUCAUAUCGACACUUAGGGACGUUCUUAAAACAAGCUCUCUUUGGAGAGAUCAUGUUCAGACUUACUCUAAGCAUAUAGGUGAUUUUACUUAUGCAAGGUUAGCAGAUUUUGGAGCGGCAAUAUCUGGGGCAAACAAAUUGCAAUGCCAGCAAGUGCUUGAAGAGCUAGAUGUGUAUAAACGAUUGAAACUUACACUCGAGUUGGUAAAGAAAGAAAUGGAAAUCAGUAAGAUUCAGGAAUCAAUUGCAAAAGCAAUUGAAGAAAAAAUAAGCGGUGAGCAGCGCCGCUAUUUGUUAAAUGAGCAGCUUAAGGCCAUAAAAAAGGAAUUGGGACUGGAGACUGACGACAAGACAGCUCUUACCAGUAAAUUCAGGGAAAGGAUUGAACCUAAACGAGAAAAAUGCCCACCUCAUGUCUUACAAGUUAUAGAUGAAGAACUCACAAAGCUACAACUGUUGGAGGCUAGUUCUAGUGAAUUCAGUGUUACUCGCAACUACUUGGACUGGUUGACUGCACUGCCUUGGGGUGAAUACAGUGAUGAGAACUUUGAUGUUACUGGUGCACAAAAGAUUCUUGAUGAAGACCAUUAUGGAUUAACUGAUGUGAAGGAAAGAAUAUUGGAAUUCAUCGCUGUUGGGAAAUUAAGAGGGACUUCACAAGGAAAAAUUAUCUGUCUCUCUGGUCCACCAGGAGUAGGAAAAACAAGUAUUGGCCGUUCAAUUGCCCGUGCCUUGAACCGUAAGUUCUUCCGAUUCUCUGUUGGAGGAUUGGCUGAUGUGGCUGAAAUCAAGGGGCAUCGUCGAACAUAUAUAGGUGCUAUGCCAGGAAAGAUGGUACAAUGCCUUAAGAAUGUGGGAACAGCCAACCCUCUUGUUUUGAUUGAUGAGAUUGACAAAUUGGGCAGAGGACAUGCUGGUGAUCCAGCAAGUGCUUUGCUAGAGCUCCUGGAUCCUGAGCAGAAUGCUAAUUUUCUGGACCACUAUCUUGAUGUUCCCAUUGAUCUAUCAAAGGUUCUUUUUGUUUGCACUGCAAAUGUAGUGGAGAUGAUACCAAAUCCCCUAUUGGAUAGGAUGGAGGUUGUUGCUAUUGCUGGGUAUAUUACUGACGAGAAAAUGCACAUUGCAAGAGAUUAUCUGGAGAAAACUACACGUGAAGCAUGUGGAAUAAAGCCUGAACAAGUGGAGGUGACUGAUGCUGCUCUUCUUGCUCUAAUAGAAAAUUACUGCCGAGAAGCAGGAGUCAGAAACCUUCAAAAGCAUAUAGAGAAAAUUUACCGGAAGAUAGCACUACAACUUGUGAGGCAAGGGGAAACCAUUGAUGCUACUCUUGAAACGGGUCCAAAUACCACUCCAAAAGAGAACCCCGUGUUAAUAGAGAGUAGCGAUUCUGAACAUACGGAUGAAGACUCUAAAGACGUUGAUGAGUUGCAAACAAAUCCACCGGCAGAUGAAUCUACAGAUAUUGAGGUUGCAAAAGAAAGAGAGGAAGAUAAGACAAUUGAAAGGGUUUUGGUUGAUAAAUCGAAUUUAGAUAAUUAUGUUGGCAAGCCUGUCUUCCAUGCAGAGCGCAUCUAUGAUCAGACACCUACUGGGGUUGUUAUGGGUCUUGCCUGGACUGCAAUGGGUGGUUCCACUCUGUAUAUAGAGACUACAUUUGUUGAGGAAGGGGAUGGAAAAGGAGCACUACAUGUCACUGGUCAAUUGGGAGAUGUGAUGAAAGAAAGUGCUCAAAUAGCUCACACAGUUGCCAGAGCUAUACUACUGGAGAAAGAACCAGAAAACCCUUUCUUUGCGAAUUCAAAGUUACACCUCCAUGUUCCUGCAGGGGCUACACCAAAGGAUGGACCAAGUGCUGGUUGCACAAUGACCACUUCUCUGCUGUCCCUUGCCUUGAAGAAGCCUGUGAAGAAGGAUCUAGCAAUGACUGGGGAAGUGACACUUACAGGGAAGAUUCUUCCCAUUGGCGGGGUUAAGGAGAAAACUAUUGCUGCAAGAAGGAGUGCUGUUAAGACUAUAAUAUUUCCUUCUGCAAACAGGAGAGAUUUUGAUGAGCUAGCACCUAAUGUAAAAGAAGGUCUUGAUGUGCAUUUUGUUGAUGACUACUUGCAGAUCUUUGAUCUGGCUUUUGGUGAUGAGAAAUCUACGAAUACAGAGAACUAA